UAGGUUACAAAUGUGACAAUGCUCGGCCUUGUCAGUUAAGUUGGUUCUAUGAACUGUACAGUUAGUUAUAGUCUAAGUGCGUAAGAAUUAUUGAUUCGCAUGAUCAAGUAUUCGAAUGACAUUAUCGGGUAACUUGCUAAUCAAUGAUCUUCAUGCUUUGCUGUCAAGGUAGCUCGGAAUGUUUUGGUAAUAAGACAUCUUGUUCAAUGAAACUAGAAAAUGAACCGAUCCAGAACAAUCAUACAAGAAAUCAAAGUUCACAUGAGUACUAGAGCCAGAAAAAGUGUACAUCAAAAAACUCAUUAUGAAACUUUAAAAGUUUCCCAAAGUAGUACUCAAGAUGACAUUAAAUCUGCUUAUUACAAACUUUCCAAAGAAUUUCACCCCGAUGUUAAUAAAACUGAGGGUGCAAAAAAAUCUUUUCAAGAUAUAUCAGAUGCUUACGAAGUGUUAGGUAAUUUUAGCAAACGAAAAUUGUACGAUCGUGAUUUAAUGGCUACAGGACACCAUGUUUCACAAUCAGUUAAUCAUGAUGUAGCAGAGGACCCAAUGGCAGGUUUCUACAAGUCAAGAACAUACAACACAUCAGAACGAACAGAUUUCACAGCUACCGGAUUUGACUUUGAUGCAUGGACUCAAGCACACUAUGGGCGGACAUUGCAUAGAAGUUUAAAAUAUAAAUCUGAAAAAAUAAAGAGAGAGCAAUAUAUGAAGCAACAAGAGCUAGAUAUAGAAAAUAAUCAAGCUGCUGCCAGACUCAUCAUAAGUGUAGCUAUAACAAUCAUAACUUUGUUGACGCUACAACGAAUGUAUUUCGAUGAUUAUGAUAAAAACUUGAUCAGGGAAAGGAGAGCACGUACAGAUGAUUCAAGAUUAAAGGAUUAAAGUAUUUUUUGUACACAUUUGUAGAUAAUGUUUUAAAUAUGAUAGUAAUAUUUGUUUAUUUUAUUUGUAAAUACUAAUACAAAGCCAUUGUUACUGUACAGCAAGGAAAAGUCUAUUGUACAUAAAAAAUAAAGUGUAAUAUACCUUUA